AAAAGAAAACGUAAAGGCAUAUCAUAUGACACAACUCAACUGAGUGUAUAUGGUGCGCACUGUCAACUGUCAAUGCCAAUUCCUCCGCGGGGCCCACACAAAUCUCAAACACCAAAGCUCCCCUAAUACCUAUCGCCGUUAAAACCUUUGAUGACAACAACGUCGGAACACACGACCAAGUAACGGAAUUGUUCUGGCUCGCAACUCCGUCAACUUCUACAUUCGCCUCCUAUGAACCUUUCCUCUUUCUCUUUCAUCAUUUUUUUUAAGAAGUUGCUGCUUUUGAGCACCGAUUUCAGUGACCAAUAACGGGUUUUGAAUGUUUCAGAUGAGAGGGUUUUGGAUCUCUAUGAUUUUCAGCUUUUCUGGGCAGUGUUGAUUUUCGGUGAUACAGUUUUUUUUUUUUCUUUUUUUUUUCGCAAAGUUUCGAUUUUUUUUAUCUGGGUUUUUGGAAAAUGUGGGGUAGGUGGUGGUGGGGUGGCGGUGGCGGUUUUUUGAGGCAAAGGGUAUCUGCAGUUGUUAAUGUUAGUCACGGGUAUGGGGAAAAGCUUCAUCCUUUGGAUCCUCCUUUGCUGAAGGGUGUUGUUGAAGUGAUGUGUGGUGGAAGAAGGGUUGGAGGGGUGACAGUGACACCUUUAUCUGUUGUGAUGAACCAUUUCAAGAGGGGUAUGACAACUUCCACUGGAGAUGGUAAUGGGAUUGGAACAGACGAUUCUAUAUCAUUCUCUGAAGCCAAGAAGCUUAUGAGGUUGGUGAAUGUGGAGUCACUCAAGGUGAAGCUUGGUAUGGAAGGGAAGGAAGUUAUUUGUUACUCUGAGCUUCUUGAGGCAUGUGAGAACAUGGGAAUUGCACGGAAUCCCGCGGAGGCUGCAGCGUUUGCCAAGGUUCUUGAUGAGGCUGGGGUUGUUCUCCUCUUCAGGGAUAAAGUGUAUUUGCAUCCUGAUAAGGUGGUUGAUCUGGUUCGAAGAGCCGUUCCACUGGCACUGACUGCUGACAACGACCCUAUGCGAGAGGAGUUAAAGAAACUGCAGGAGAAGAAAGAGGAAAUCGAUGUGUUGGCGCAUAAGCAGGUGCGGCGCAUCCUCUGGUCUGGACUAGGAUUUGGUGUGGUUACCGUCGGCUUCUUCUUCCGGCUAACAUUCUGGGAAUUUUCAUGGGAUGUGAUGGAACCAAUUGCCUUUUUUACCACAACCACAGGGUUGGUUAUAGGCUAUGCCUACUUUUUACUAACUUCAAGAGACCCUACUUAUCAAGACUUGAUGAAGAGGCUCUUUCUUUCAAGGCAGAGGAAGCUGUGCAAGAGGAAUAAUUUUGACAUUGAGAGAUUCAAGGAGCUCCAGUGCAAGUGCAAAACUCCUUUACAUGCUACAACUGUUUUGAAAAAUCGCAUAGGGGUGGAAUUGGAUCUUGAUGAUGCUUUACAUAGAGACUAAAAUUUUCAGGUGGUUUAAAAUUCUAUUCUUUUUCUAAUAUAUUAUAGUUACAAUGUUCCCCUUGUUUUAAUGUUUGAGGGGAGAAGAUUAAACUAACUAUAGUUUUGGCUUCUUGAAUAUAAACUUAUGCCCUUAAUUUUCUUGACAAUGCAUAAAGAUUUUUCGUUCUUUUCCA